AACCAGCGACCUUUCGGUUACUGGCACAAUGCUCUUAACCACUAAGCUACCUGCCGGGAUCUACUUCAGUGGCAGCGUGCAUGGGGCAGAGAGACUGUGGAAGGGCUCACCUGGCGAGGAGUACCUGUACUUCAUUGAGGCACAGGUGCUGACUGGCAAGUCAACUGUUGGCUGUCCUGGUCUCAUUGUGCCACCUCCCUUUGCCAGAGACCCACUCACCCUGUUUCAUAGUGUGAAAGGAGGCAAAGACACCUGGGUCAUCUUCAAUGGUCACCAGGCUCUACCUGAAUAUCUGAUCACCUGCAAAAAGCCUACAUACGUAAAACCUCACGGUAAGAGGGAGAGACUGAUUCUAUAUGACAUUCUAUAGAAUACCCUAUUAGAAUAUAGAAAUAUAUUUAUUUCAUAAACACAAUGUUUUGUGUCCCAUGUUCACACAGCAUUGUUCAACUGGGGCAUCGCUAACAAGCCACAAAAGAAUGAGGACUUUGCCAUCGAGGACCGGGAAGUGGAUCCGGCUGUCUUCCACAUUUCUUCCAGAGUGGGUCAAGUAAAUCGUCUGAUCAAGGACCUGACCCUAAAAGAUCCAGACAGGAAUAUUAAAGUGACCAGCAACAUGGUGGAUUGGCAGUAUCAGCAGCAGCCAGGGAGGCAGUUCCAGAGCUUCCACGGCAGCCAGGGGGGCAGUACCAGAGCUUCCACGGCAGCCAGGGGGGCAGUACCAGAGCUUCCACGGCAGCCAGGGAGGCAGUACCAGAGCUUCCACGGCAGCCAGGGGGGCAGUACCAGAGCUUCCACGGCAGCCAGGGGGGCAGUACCAGAGCUUCCACGGCAGCCAGGGAGGCAGUACCAGAGCUUCCACGGCAGCCAGGGGGGCAGUCCCAGAGCUUCCACGGCAACCAGGGGGGCAGUACCAGAGCUUCCGCCACAUCCUUAACAUCCAUCUGCAGCAGGCGCUGGAGAGGAAGCAGCCCCGUGUGGAGGUCUCUGUCCGGGGGCAAAUGCACAAGGUCACCCUGCCUGACGGGGCUGCUACCUACACCUGUAGAAACAGACUAAAAAGCAGAUGCAUCGACCAGUUAGCAGGUCAACCCAUUGAGAGUCUCCCUCAGCAUUGGGACGCCGUGCCAGCCAACACCUCCUGCCUGUCCUGCCUCAUCCAGACAGGAAGCCCAGAGCACAAUGAAGUCUUAAACCUGUUCCGAGCCACCUGCCCCAACAACGUUAUAAAGAUUGAGAGGAUCCAGAACCCCACCCUGUGGAGGACUCUCCAGAUCAAGAAGCUGGACAUGGAGCUCAGGAACGGUCACCAGAAGAAUGAGAAGAGGCUCUUCCAUGGAACAUGCCACACAACCAUCGAUCACAUUAACAACCAUGGCUUCAAUCGGAGCUACGCUGGGAAAAACGCUGCAGCAUAUGGAAAUGGAACAUACUUUGCUGUUAGUGCCAGCUACUCAGCCAGUAACACAUACUCAAGACCGGAUCCCAAAGGGCAGAAGUAUAUGUACCUAUGUCGGGUUCUGACUGGAGAUUUCACAGCAGGACGACAUGGGAUGAAAGUGCCUCCAACUAAAAGCACUACAACUGUUGAACUCUACAACAGCGUGACAGACAACCCAUCAGGGCCAUCUAUGUUUGUCAUUUUCCAUGACAAUCAGGCAUAUCCCGAGUACUUGAUCACUUUCUUCUAGACCCUGCAGAGAAAAGCAAUGUUUACUGAGUAAACUGUCAAAAGGCUUUCUUAUGAUUAGGACUAUCUGCCUUAUAAAUUGUUAUUACUGAUGUCACUUUUGCAUGGAAAACACCUAAUCUGAAUAGUGUAACCAUUACAGGUUAUAAUGUAACCCGUUUCAAUCUAACCCUAGCCUGAACCUUAGGCUUUUAUUGGACAAAACUUGGUGUGAUAAAAAAAUAAACAUUUAUUCUGAACUCACCUGACGAGAGAGAGAGAGAGAGAGAGAGAGAGAG